AUGGCGGACACAGCUUCAAGUCACAUAAUGUUAUAUCAUGUCGGAACUGCGUGGCACAAAUGCCACGUAGGGUCUGCCUCUCUCAUGCCCAAUAUCUCGUGGGUGUUGGCAGUAGAGCAGGUGAUAAUCGACACAGACCCUGGAGUUGACGACGCUGUGGCUCUCCUCACUACACUAGGAGACCCCGAUAUAAAUAUGUUGGCUACUACUUGUGUCACAUCCCUGCCGUACAACCCCUAUAUCUCGUGGGUGUUGGCAGUAGAGCAGGUGAUAAUCGACACAGACCCUGGAGUUGACGACGCUGUGGCUCUCCUCACUACACUAGGAGACCCCGAUAUAAAUGUGUUAGCUGUACUACUGGAGUCACAUCCCUACCGUAUAACCCCUAGUAACUCUGCAACUGAAGGUAAUUUUUUUUACAGUAUCUCGUGGGUUUCGGCAGUAGAGCAGGUGAUAAUCGACACAGACCCUGGAGUUGACGACGCUGUGGCUCUCCUCACUACACUAGGAGACCCCGAUAUAAAUGUUAUCUCGUGGGUGUCGGCAGUAGAGCAGGUGAUAAUCGACACAGACCCUGGAGUUGACGACGCUGUGGCUCUCCUCACUACACUAGGAGACCCCGAUAUAAAUGUGUUAGCUAUUACUUGUGUCACAUCCCUACCGUACAACCCCUAUAUCUCGUGGGUGUCGGCAGUAGAACAGGUGAUAAUCGACACAGACCCUGGGGUUGACGACGCUGUGGCUCUCCUCACUACACUAGGAGACCCCGAUAUAAAUGUGUUAGCUAUUACUUGUGUCACAUCCCUACCGUACAACCCCUAUAUCUCGUGGGUGUCGGCAAUAGAACAGGUGAUAAUCGACUCAGACCCUGGGGUUGACGACGCUGUGGCUCUCCUCACUACACUUGGAGACCCCGAUAUAAAUGUGUUAGCUAUUACUUGUGUCAAAGGCAACAGUGACGUUAACCAAUCCAUUAUCAACACUCUCAAAACCCUCGUUGCUAGUAACCUUAAGGUUAUGCCUGAGGUUUAUGCCGGAAGUGACUUUGGUCUGUUGAAUUCACCCCCAAGCGAUGGCUGGUUUGGUUCAGAUGGGUUUGAAGAUCUACCCUACCCAUUGCCACCCUCUCCCGAUUUGGUUGUGAAAAAGAUGUACGCUGCUGCAUUUCUAGCUGAUACUUUGAAAGCAAAUCCAGGAAAGAUAACGAUCUUAGCAAUUGGGCCAUUAACCAACUUAGCGGUUGCUCUUCACUUGGAUCCAAAUAUUUUACAGCAGGCGAAAAGAAUCAUAAUACUAGGAGGCAGUAUAGCAGGCAAUGGCAACAUAAUCCCAGGAGUAGAGUUUAAUUUCUACAUGGAUCCUGAUGCCGCUAACCUUGUAUUGGACAGGGCAUUGUCAUCAGGUGUUCUCCUCACAAUCAUGCCUAUGGAAACUAUCACAUCACAUGACUUAACUCCGAGCUGGCGUUGGAACACACUCGCCAAGAUAGACAACACCGCUGUGAAGUUCCUGAACGAUCUGGAGAAGAAGCAACAGGAGCGUCAUCCACAGCCAUUCUAUCUCCCCUACGACACGUUUGCUGCAGGCAUCAUCCUAUCACCCAAGUUCGUCACCAAGACCCAGAAGCUGUACGGUUUUGUAGAGAACAGAAGUGAUAAGACCGGUGGUGCGCUCGUCGUCGACUACUUCAAUCUGUCCGGCAAGGCCGCCAACCUUGAGAUCGUCACAGACGUCAGCGUUGACGCACUCAAAGAGGAGAUGAUCAACAAUCUAUCUAACCUAAAGUGAUUUUUGAAUUAAAAUGUAUUAUAGCAGUAA